ACUUUCCAAAACUAGAAUGUUGUGUCCUUAUAUCACUGCAAAAGAAGAUAUUCAAAUAUACCUUCAUUUAUUAGCUCUGAAGAACUUGUAUAUAAGUUAAGCCAUUGCAAAUUCUGUCCCUUUUCCUUCUCUUUGGUUUUAGUGCUUAUAGAUUUUGAAUAAGAAAAAAGACCCUAGUUUUGUUAUUUUGGCUGUUUUUGAAAGUAAAAAAUAUGAUGGUGGCUUGAUGUUGAUGUUUUAGACUUGUUCGUUUCUGGGUUUCAAGCCCUUUGGUUCCUUUGUUCAAACAGGUUCUGGGAAAAAGUUUUCUUUUUGCUGAUUAAGGAAAAGGCCAAAUAAUGGCGAGUGACCCGCGUAUCAAUAGAAGAACACCCACGAUUCACCAUAUAAUAAACUCGGCUGGUGAUAUCGACAAUGAAAACGACAUCGUAGAUUCCGGUAGAUAUACAGUUCAUCUUCCUCCUACACCUGAUAACCAGCCAAUGCCGAUGGAAAUCGCUAUGCAACCAGUUGGAACCGAUGAUCAAUACGUUUCGGUUUCCAUGUUUACCGGCGGUUACAAUCGCAUUACUCGUGCUUACUCCAAGAAGAUCAUAAACUCCGAUCCGGCGACGGUGGUUGCAGAAGGGUCGUUUUGUGAAAUACCUGGAUGCGGUUCCAAGAUGAUGACCAAUCUGCAAGGCAUAGAUGUGUUCCCGUGUGAAUGUGGUUUUAGGAUUUGUAAGGAUUGUUAUACAGAUGCUAUUGCAACGGGUGAUGGGUUUUGUCCUGGAUGUAAAGAGCAUUAUAGGGUGUUGGAUGUGUGCGAAAUGGUGCCGGAUAGCAACUUGCUGUUGUCGAAAUCCAGCCGAAGGUUGCCGGUUGUGGAGUCGACAGAUCUCUUGAUGAGGAGUCAUAGUAAUGAGUUUGAUUAUACUCAAUAUUUGCACGAAACGAAUCAGAGUUAUGGGUAUGGGAAUGCUGUGUGGCCGAAUGAUUGUGCCGACCGAAACACCGAUGAGUCCGGCAGUGACCGUAAGCUAUUCCCGGAGAAGCAGUGGAAGCCUCUUACACAGAAAUCAAGCAUACGUGCUGCAAUCCUAAGUCCAUACCGGCUCCUAAUCCUUUUUCGAGUUGUGGUUCUUGGAUUAUUUUUACAAUGGAGAAUCAGCCAUCCAAAUGAAGAUGCAAUCUGGUUGUGGUUUAUGUCCGUGAUUUGUGAGAUAUGGUUUGCCUUUUCUUGGCUGCUUGACCAGCUUCCUAAGCUCUGUCCCCUUGAUCGUGCUGUUGAUCUCGAUGCUUUACUAGAGAAGUUCGAAAAGCCGAGUUCGAAUAAUCCUUCAGGAAUAUCUGAUCUACCAGGCAUAGAUAUUUUUGUUUCUACUGCGGAUCCUGAAAAAGAACCACCUCUUGUCACUGCAAAUACCAUUCUUUCCAUUCUGGCAGCCGAAUACCCGGUUGAGAAGCUUGCAUGUUAUGUUUCAGAUGAUGGAGGUGCUCUAUUAACGUUUGAGGCCAUGGCAGAGGCUGGCAGUUUUGCCAGAAUUUGGGUUCUUUUCUGCAGGAAACAUGAAAUUCAGCCCAGAAAUCCAGAGUCAUAUUUCAAUCUAAAGAGAGAUCCUUACAAGAACAAAGUGCGACCGGAUUUUGUACGAGACCGCAGGCGGGUAAAACGUGAAUAUGAUGAAUUUAAGGUCAGGAUCAAUGGUCUUUCUGAUUCAAUUCGACGACGUUCUGAUGCCUUUAAUACGAGGGAGGAGGUCAAGAUAUUGAAGCGUUGGAGAGAGGACAAUAGUGAUGAACCAAUGGAAACUUUGAAGAUUCCAAAAGCUACUUGGAUGGCUGAUAGAACCCACUGGCCUGGUACUUGGACAGUUCCUGCUCCGGAGCAUUCGAGGGGUGAUCAUGCCAGUAUCAUACAGGUGAUGUUGGACCCUCCCCAUGGCGAGCCUCAAAACGGUACAGAAGGUGAUGGAAAUUCCAUGGAUCUGAGUGAGGUUGAUAUUCGUCUGCCAAUGUUAGUUUAUGUUACUCGUGAGAAGCGACCUGGUUAUGAUCACAACAAGAAGGCAGGGGCCAUGAAUGCGCUUGUUCGAGCUUCUGCAAUCAUGUCCAAUGGCCCCUUCAUACUUAAUCUUGAUUGUGACCACUACGUUUACAAUUCCCUAGCAUUGAGAGAAGGAAUUUGCUUUAUGAUGGACCGAGAUGGGGAGCGUAUUUGUUACGUCCAGUUUCCCCAGAGGUUUGAAGGAAUCGAUCCAUCUGAUCGCUAUGCCAAUCACAACACAGUUUUCUUUGAUGUUAACAUGCGAGCUCUUGAUGGACUUCAGGGUCCGGUAUAUGUUGGAACAGGAUGCCUCUUUCGUCGCACUGCCCUCUAUGGUUUUGAGCCACCUCGGUUAGAAGAUAAGCCUGGUUGCUGCAGCUGCUGCUUUCCGCGUCGUAAGAAACCUGCAAUUGUUGCUUCCGCCCCUGAUGUUGACCCUGAAGAUGUUCAGUUGAGGGAAGAUGAUGAAAUGAAUAUUGCUCUCAUUCCUAAGAAGUUUGGAAACUCGAGUUUACUUAUUGAGUCCGUCCGGAUUGCAGCAAUUCAAGGCCAGCCCCUUGCAGAUCAUCCUUCUGUCAAAUAUGGGCGUCCACCCGGUGCUCUCACUGUGCCUCGGGAGCCCCUAGAUCCAUCCACAAUUGCAGAGGCAAUCAAUGUUAUCUCGUGCUGGUACGAGGACAAGACUGAAUGGGGACAAAGUGUAGGGUGGAUUUAUGGAUCAGUGACAGAAGAUGUUGUUACAGGGUACAGGAUGCAUAAUCGAGGGUGGAGAUCUGUUUAUUGCCUGACCAAAAGAGAUGCUUUUCGUGGCACUGCUCCGAUAAAUCUGACUGAUAGGCUUCACCAAGUUCUUCGUUGGGCCACCGGCUCGGUCGAGAUAUUCUUCUCACGCAACAAUGCUCUACUAGGCAGCCCAAGGCUUGAGUUUCUGCAGAGGAUUGCAUAUCUUAACGUUGGGAUAUACCCUUUCACUUCCAUAUUCCUCAUUGUCUACUGCUUCCUUCCCGCCCUUUCGCUAUUUUCGAAUCAAUUCAUAGUCCAGACACUCAAUGUGACAUUCCUCGUUUACCUCUUGGUCAUCACCCUGACCCUUUGUGCUCUAGCGGUGCUAGAGAUCAAGUGGUCCGGCAUUGAACUAGAAGAGUGGUGGAGGAAUGAGCAGUUUUGGUUGAUUGGAGGCACCAGUGCUCAUCUUGCUGCAGUGCUCCAGGGGCUAUUAAAGGUGAUCGCCGGCAUCGAAAUAUCAUUCACCCUGACAUCAAAAUCAGCCGGUGACGAAGUGGAUGAUGAUUUCGCCGAUCUCUACAUCUUCAAGUGGACAUCUCUCAUGAUACCCCCACUCACCAUCAUAUUUGUUAACUUGAUCGCCAUUGCGUACGGAGUUAUUCGUACGGUAUACAGUACGAAUCCCGAAUGGAGUCAUCUGCUAGGAGGUGUGUUCUUCAGUUUCUGGGUAUUGGCUCAUCUCUACCCAUUCGCAAAGGGUCUUAUGGGAAGACGAGGGAAAACUCCGACGAUCAUAUACGUUUGGUCGGGACUUAUAGCUAUCUCUAUUUCUCUACUGUGGGUGGCGAUCAAGCCCCCGUCGCAAAAUUCUGAUAUUGGAGGGUCAUUCCAAUUACCAUGAUUUACUCGACUUUGUACUCCCCAUAUGAAUUGUUUUAACAGGGGGAAGGUUGCACAUUUGUAUACUCAUUUCUUUGAAACUUAGAUAUAUGUGAUUCGUUGAUAUUCGAGAUUA